UGCGCGAAAAGUGCUUCCAGCUGACGUGAUAUGUGAGUUGGUCUUCACUAUUCGUACGAGUCUUGUGAAUUUCCUAUACAGUGUUUUACUAGUCUUCAAACGGCGUCAAAAUGAAUAUUUUAUUUAUCCUCCCGUUACUAUUGCCUCUCAGCUAUUGUGAAUUCGCAUUAAACAGUACAAAAUUCGAAGGAAACCCUUACAAAAAACAUUUGUUCGAUGACCUUCUAAGCAACUACAAUCGGUUGAUCAGACCAGUACAAAACCAUUCGGAGAACUUGACCGUUUGGAUGGGAUUAAAACUCACUCAGCUAACCGAAAUGAAUCUCAAAAGUCAAGUGAUGACAACGAGUGUGUGGUUGAUCCAGAAAUGGUUCGACUGCAAUUUGAAAUGGGAUCCCAAAGACUACGGUGGCUUAGACAAGUUAUACGUGCCUUCGGAUCAUAUUUGGUUGCCCGACAUAGUUUUGUUCAACAAUGCCGACGGAAACUACGAAGUAACCCUGAUGACAAAAGCGGUGCUCAAGUAUACCGGCGAAGUAUUAUGGUCACCUCCAGCCAUUUACAAAUCGUAUUGCGAAAUAAACGUUCUAUACUUUCCGUUUGACGAACAGAACUGUUAUAUGAUGUUUGGUUCGUGGACGUACAACGGAAAUCAGGUAGACUUGAGGCACAUUGAUCAAUCGCAAGGCAAAAACCGCGUGGACGUUGGCAUCGAUCUGAGCGAAUUCUAUCUAUCUGUGGAAUGGGAUUUACUCGAAGUCCCUGCGGUCAGGAACGAAGAGUUUUAUUCUUGUUGCUCAGAAUCGUAUACAGACAUAACUUUCAACAUAAAGAUGCGACGGAAGACUUUGUUUUACACGGUUAAUCUGAUCAUUCCGUGUGUCGGACUAACAUUCAUGACGGUAUUGGUGUUCUAUUUACCGUCUGACUCUGGGGAAAAGGUGACUCUGUGCAGUAACAUACUAGUGUCGUUGACUGUGUUCUUCUUGCUGCUAGCCGAGAUCAUCCCCCCGACGUCUCUGGCCGUUCCACUCCUCGGAAAGUACUUGUUGUUUACCAUGGUUCUAGUGUCCAUGUCGAUCGGCAUGACCGUGGUCGUGUUAAACAUCCAUUUCCGGUCACCAUCAACCCAUACCCUGUCGCCUUGGGUAAGAACUGUGUUUCUGCACAUGAUGCCACAGAUACUCAUGAUGCGCCGACCACCGUAUUCGCUGAUGACCAACGACGGAUUCCAAAGCUCACCGGGUUACUUCAACGAACUGGACUACAGUCGAGACAGCAUAAGCGAUAGCGGUGGAACCGAACAGAAACCUCCAUCUCUGACCCAGAGACACUGGUCCUUCAAAAAAAUUCAAUCGGUACAGCCUCACAAUUAUCCGGAGAAUGUAAUGCCAAAGACAAUGUCCCCAGAUCUACUCAAGGCUUUACAAGGGGUCUGUUAUAUUGCUCAACAUAUCAAAGACGCAGACAAAGAUAAAGAGGUGAUCGAGGACUGGAAGUACGUUUCGAUGGUGUUCGACCGGUUCUUCCUGUGGGUGUUCACUCUGGCCUGUAUAGUGGGCACGUGCGCCAUAAUAUUCCAGGCACCAUCGCUGUACGACCAACGGCAACCCAUUGACUUCCAGCUGUCCAGCAUACCCCGACGCCGAAGCAACCUGGCACUGCCACACGAAAUCGACUUUUACGAACGCACUUACGGUGGCGACUAGAGUACCUAACUAUUUUAUUUUAUAUAUAAUAUAUAUCCGUUGAAAUCCCGCUGCAGGCUCAUUAUAAUAAUAUAUGUACAUAAUUGAAUACAUUAAACUUAUAUACGUAGAUAACACACACUURUUUAUAUAGGUACACCGAAUAAAYGAUAUAUACAGUGAAAUCUCUGAGUACCGGACACUAUCGAUCGCUAAAAUGUUGUCCGCUAUUAGGUGUCUGUUUUCAGAGGGUUCAGKUUAUAGGAAGUUUGUAUUUGGUUCUCAAGAAUAAACCCGCUUUUUGGAAGUGCCUCUAUUUAGAGAUGACCAUUAGUUAAUAUAGGUAAGGUACAUCCGUCACACUCGCAAAUUUAAAUGAUCGAGCUACCUGUUAGUACCGUGUGGUAGCGCCGCUUAUCAAACGCGCCGACUGGUACAUUGGUGCAACUAUAGAAGAGUAAAAGGAGGGGGGAAAGCUUUGAACCCCCUCCCUCCACAACGAGAAACCCUGCAGACCCCAAGUGAUUUGGAAUUUUUGAAUUCUGUCAUGCAGGUUACGGGAGACUAACACGAAUAAUAUUAUCGUGCAGGAAAAAAGAUAAUGCUAUAAUAAUUAUAUUUAAAUUAAUAUCGUUUCGACGAAAUAUCACCAUAAUUUGCAUAUUUUAUUAUAUUUUAUAUUUUUGUUAAUAUGGAACGCUACGCAUGUCCUAUCCGUUAUAUAUAUAUACACACAAUGAGUUAUCUAAACGCGUCUGUAUGCGUUUAACAAAAUAUAAUAUUGAUACGUGUGAAAAAAAAUGUUUCAUCUCCUUCAGAGCCCCGUGGACGUGGUAUCUUUAAAUAGUUUUGACUUGAGCACGCGUCGCGGCAUGAUUUUUAUUUGUUUUCUUUUUGCAUGUCCGUGACUUUCGUAAAUCGUUUCCAAUCAGGCACUCUAAAAAACCAGUCAAAGCACACGUGUGCACUAUAUUAUAGUUGUGUUCUAUAGUCUACACAGUAUACGUCAUUAUACAAUAUUAAAAUAAUUAUUUAGAGCAAUGAGCGGAAUCCGCAACGUGCAGUCUGCACAUAUUAAAUAUACGUUACAUCUUAGACGUAGGUACGAACUACAAAGACGUAUAAUGCUUGGAGAGGUACGUACAUAAUAACUACCUGUUUGACUGUGUUUAAGUACCCGGGAAAAUUUAACGAUUCCCGACGGUUUUUGUCGUCGAAUGAUGAAUAAUUGUGUAUAAUGUGUAUAAUGUAUGUGUUCUAUAUAUUCUAUASGUUUACAAACAAUAAGAAAUCUGAUCGUGUAAUAUUUUAUCAAAAUCAAUAAUUUUCUUUUUUAAUUACGUUUAACUGUUUAAAUUACAUACCAAAACGACCAAAAGCGUAACGAUAAUAUAUACAUGUUGUUCGAAUAUUAAGAAAUAUUUCUGAACGAUGAUGUAAUAUUAUAUAAUAUGCACAUUUGAACGAAAAUCACCGUUAUAUUUUAUAGGGUUAUAGGGGAACAUUGCAGCAUUAAGGAAUUUUUAAAAAUUUUAAUAAUAUUAAUUUUUUCGAAGACCUAUAUAUUCACCUUAAAUAAUUAUUUUGUCUGAUGCAUCAAAGAAGAAUAUAGUCCUGUUGUUCAUCUUUUGUCCUCUCAAAAAAAGUUGAAAUAUGUAUAUAAUGAAUUGUUUUGAACCUUAAUAAGUAAUUUUCACAAAUAUUUCAUGUAUUUUAAGUUCUGAUUAAAUAUUAGUAUAAACAUUUUUUCUACAAGGCCCYAUUUUAAUACAGAACUGGUCAUAUUAAUUAUAGAACUACCUCCUAGCUAGAGCUAUCUUUAUCAUUAUAUAUACAUCCGAUUGAUAUUAUGCUUACUUAUAUAUAAUAGAAUGUGUCACAAUUUUUUCCCAGACGAAAUAUUGUUUUAUCGUUAUUAUUUCACAUCGAGAGGACUUUUUACUGCAGAUAAACCUCUCCUACCCGAACUUUYAACACGGCCCUCUAUCAGUUAUAACAAUAAUAAUAGACAUUUGAAAUGCCCCACAGAACUUGAAUUAUUCGUGGAUAAAUAUAUGCACCUAUAUAUUUAUUAUAUUUUAACAAAUAGUUGGAUUGUGAUUCGAGAUCAAAAAGAGCUGCGUUCAUGUAUAUAUAUAAAUUUUUAUUUAUAUAUUACGCUUGUGGCUUGUCCUUUUCGCAUUUUUGUAUAUACGUUGCAUGUAUUUUAUAUACAUAUAAACAUAUACAAAUAUGGCUGAAGUAAUAUAUAGAUUUUGUAUCAUUAUUAUUGCUAAUAUUGGUGGUCAAAAUACUGUCGGGUGAUAGCACAAGAUAAUUAACUUGAUCAAUGGACGAAAUUAUUAAAAAACAAAGAAACGACGUUCGUUCGAACCAAAUUCCGUGGGUAUAAUACCUUUACUAUAUCGCCUAUAUAGGUGAUAUUAUAAUAUUGUGUUUGUCGAUUAUAAUUUUAUUUUAGUUUGGAAAUCGAUACUGAAACCGUCGGAGUCGUCUGACACUCCCGUUAGCUAUGUUUUCACGUUAAAAACUUAUUGUGACCUACCACAAUCUUUGAAGUACAUAUUUUAUUAUUAUAAAUAUAACUAUUAUCUAAUUAAGUAUGUACAGAAUAUGUGUCGUACCACGUACCACCUAUAUUGAUGUAUUUUUAUUAUCUGCUUGGACUGCAACUUUCUAAAAGUAUACAUAACAUAAUAUCGCGUACCUACAUAYAUCUAUUAUUAGAAUAGUAUAGGUACCUGUUAAUGUACAGGUACAUUAUUCCUACUUAAAAAAAAGCGUUGUAUGCAUCAUCAUAUUAUAUUCAUAAAUGAAACGUUUAAGUUUGCUCAAUCUAUCGAAAGACUAUGUACAUUUAUUAUUAUUACUUAUUACCUAUGUUUAUAUUAUUAUACUCCAACGCGUAUACAUAAAUAUUAAUAAUAUUAUAAUAGUAUAUUACGGUUACUUAAGUAUAGGUACUACGCGUGACGUUUGUCAAUCGACCGUGCUUAUAAAUAUCGUAUUCUAUUAAUGCUGUUGUUGUUUACUUUUUAUGAAUUUUUUUAGUAUAUUGAUGAUAUCGUUAUCGUCAGAAUUUUCGAUUUCCUGGACGUUUUCGUUUCGGUCAUGCUCAUUAUUUUACUCACUCGGUUAAACAUUAAAUUAAGAGAUUUCAUGCGUUUGGCCACUAAAACGUAAAAAAUAACUGUUUUGCCUGGUCGCGUCUAAGAAAUUAAUAACAAACAUAAAAAAAAUUUAAAUAAAUAAAUAUAAAUAACAAUCUUGGACAAAGUAGGCAUUAUUAUGGAUUUUAGCGUUAGUCUUCCGAUAUAUCACGUGAUAAUAGUGGCAGAAACGCCUGUGUAUAAAUAUAAUAUUAUGUUCCCUGCUCAAUGUGUAUAGAUUUCUGUAUAGGAUUAAUAAUAUUGUAGGUAAAUGCGCUAAGUCUUCGGAACUAUUUUCAUAUACCUAAUAUAAAAUAGUUAAAAAAAGCAUUCAUUUUUUUAUGUACGUCUGAUAUUUAUAUUACCUA